AUUCCGAAAGUGCAGUUUCAAGUAAUUUUGACAGUCAGUCAGUAGGUGUAAGGGAGCCGAACAGCAGUAGUGAUUUCAUAUCAAGCUAGUCAAAAUUUGGUACAUCACGGGAACUAUUUAUUAAAUUGAAUAUCACAUCACAAAGGUGCACGCAUUUUACGGUAAUCAUUCGUCGUCAUGUUAAAAUCGCAUUUACAGCUGGUCACCGGACCGGUGGAUCGUGCCUUAGCUGGGAAAGCACCUUGGCAGAUUGUGGCCAUUACGACUAGUACGGUGUUGGGAGCGAUUUGGUUGUGGGAACUGCUGAGCGAAGAUGAAAGUCUACAUUCACGCAUAAGACGGCACUUCUUUCGACUAGCCCGCAAAGUCCCAGCCGUUCGGAGAAGGAUCGAAGGUGAGAUCGCCAAAAUCAACGAAGGUUUCAUGAAGGAAGCCGCACAGUACGGCCAAUUCACCACCGUUCUACCAGAGGCUGGUCUUAAGCAAGAUCAAAUCCUACAGAAAGUCGAUGAAUAUCUUGCCCUUGGGCACUACAAAUGGAAGGAGGGUUUCAUAUCCGGAGCGGUCUACUACUUCAACCCGGACUUGGUGAAACUGGUUACCGCGGUGUACGGUAAAGCAUCGUACACCAAUCCGCUACAUUCGGAUGUUUUUCCAGGCAUUUGCAAAAUGGAAGCCGAAGUGAUACGGAUGACGGCUACGCUGUUCAACGGAAGCCCCAAAUCAUGCGGAACGAUGACUACGGGUGGAACGGAGUCUAUCAUGAUGGCCUGCAAGGCGUACCGGGACUAUGGACGGGACGUGAAAGGCAUCACGAAGCCAAAUAUAGUGUUACCAGUAACGGCACACACUGCCUUCGAUAAAUCAGCCAAGUACUUUGGAAUGUUCACCAAAUCGGUACCGGUCGAUCCUUCAACCACCGAAGUAGAUAUUAAGGCAAUGGAACGAGCGAUCAACCGUAAUACGGUGAUGUUGGUAGGAUCGGCUCCCAAUUAUCCGUAUGGAACUAUGGAUAAUAUUGCAGCGAUUGCAAAGCUGGGUAAGAAGUACAACAUUCCAGUGCACGUGGAUGCCUGCUUGGGAGGCUUUCUAAUCAUCUUUAUGAGACGUGCCGGUUACAAUGUUCGAUCGUUUGACUUCAGCGUCGAUGGAGUUACCAGUAUUUCUGCAGAUACUCAUAAGUACGGCUUCACUCCUAAGGGAUCAUCUGUAAUUCUGUACUCAGACAAACUGUAUCGUCACUACCAGUAUACCGUUACGACGGAAUGGCCCGGAGGUGUGUACGGUUCGCCAACUGUGAACGGAUCUCGUGCCGGUGGUAUUAUUGCUGCCACCUGGGCAACGAUGAUGAACUUCGGGCUCGAUGGAUACGUGGAAGCUACCAAACGGAUAGUGGAUACCGCACGAUACAUUGAAACCAAACUUCGUAAAAUUGACAACAUUUACAUCUUUGGAACACCGGCCACUAGCGUGGUUGCUAUCGGUUCGAAGGAGUUCGACAUUUUCCGUCUAUCGGCAGAGUUGAAUACUUUAGGAUGGAAUCUGAAUUCCCUCCAGUUCCCAUCUGGAAUCCACAUCUGCGUUACUUACAUGCAUACUCAAGAUGGUAUCGCUGACAAGUUCAUCAACGACAUCCGCACCAAAGUCGCGUUGAUCAUGCAGAACCCCGAGAAGCCGGUAGAAGGAAAAAUGGCCAUCUACGGUGUAGCGCAGUCCGUUCCCGAUCGGGAAGUGGUCGGAGACUUCACUAGAUGCUUCAUCGACUCCAUGUACUACACACCGAACAGCCAAUGAAGAAAUUACUUCGUGAUAUAUGUAAAG